AUGGCCGAGUCGGAGCUCCAGUGGCCCGCUGCGCGCGUGCGCAAGACCUUUCUCGAGUACUUUGAGCAGAGGGGCCAUACGAUAGUUCCCUCUUCCUCAGUCGUUCCUCAUAAUGACCCCACCCUGCUCUUCACCAAUGCGGGCAUGAACCAGUUCAAGCCCAUCUUCCUCGGCACAAUUGGCAAGACCGAUCCCAUGGCCGGCCUCAAGGCCGCUGUCGACAGUCAAAAGUGUAUCCGCGCCGGUGGCAAGCACAACGAUCUUGACGAUGUCGGCAAGGACAGCUAUCACCACACAUUCUUUGAGAUGCUGGGUAACUGGUCCUUCGGCGACUACUUCAAGAAGGAAGCUGUUACAUAUUCAUGGGAGCUUCUGACAAAGGUCUACGGUCUGGACCCCUCUCGUCUUUAUGUCACCUACUUCGAGGGUGAUGAGAAGUUGAAGCUGGAGCCCGAUCUGGAGGCUAAGGAGCUGUGGCUUUCAGUUGGUGUGCCCGAGGACCAUAUCCUUCCUGGAAACAUGAAGGACAACUUCUGGGAGAUGGGAGAUCAAGGCCCUUGCGGACCUUGCAGUGAGAUCCACUACGACAAGAUUGGAGGCCGAAAUGCUUCGAGCCUCGUUAACAUGGAUGACCCCAUGGUUGUCGAGGUCUGGAACAACGUUUUCAUGCAGUAUGACCGACAAAAGGAUGGCAGCCUCAAGUCUCUUCCCGCCAAGCACAUCGACACUGGCAUGGGUUACGAACGACUAGUUUCUGCUCUUCAGAACACAAUCUCCAACUACGCUACCGAUUGUUUCACUCCCCUCUUCCAGAAGAUUCAAGAGGUUACUGGCGCCCGACCCUACACCGACAAGUACGGCAAGGACGAUGUCGAUGGUAUUGACACUGCCUACCGUGUGGUUGCUGACCACAUCCGAACUCUCUCUUUCGCGAUCGCCGACGGCGCAGUUCCCAACAACGAUGGUCGAGGUUACGUCGUUCGACGUGUGUUGAGACGAGGUGUUCGAUACGCCCGAAAGUACUUCAACGCCGAUAUCGGUGCUUUCUUCUCCAAGAUCCUGCCCGCUCUUGUCGACCAGAUGGGCGAGCAGUUCCCUGAGCUCGUCAAGAAGCAGCAAGACAUUAAGGAGAUUCUCGAUGAGGAGGAAGUUGCUUUUGCCCGAACCUUGGAUCGUGGUGAGGCUCAAUUCGAAAAGUAUGCUGCUGAGGCUACCAAGGGCAGUGCCAAGAAGCUUCAGGGUGAUGUUGUUUGGCGACUUUAUGACACCUUCGGUUUCCCUGUUGAUCUGACCCGAUUGAUGGCCGAGGAGCGAAACCUGGAGAUUGACGAUGCUGAGGUUGAAGCUGCUCGUGUCAAGGCCCGUGAGGCUAGCAAAGCUGUCAAGGAGUCUGUCCAGACAUUCUCCAAGCUCAACGUGCACCAAAUUUCUGAGCUUGAGAAGGAGCUCAAAAUUGAGCGAACCAACGACGAUGCCAAGUUCGUUCAGGGCGACAGCAUUGGCCAGGUCCAGCUUAUCUACGAUGGCCAAACCUUCCUCAAGUCAACCAAGGAUGUCCCUGAGAAGACUGCUCUCGGUCUCCUGAUUGACAAGACCAACUUCUACGCCGAGUCAGGUGGUCAAGUCGCUGACACUGGACGUAUCGUAAUCGAUGAUGUCGCCGAGUUUAAGGUGCUUGACGUUCAGAACUACGGUGGCUACAUCCUCCACAAUGGUUACAUCGAGUAUGGCAACCUCUCUUCUGGAGACAAGGUCAUCUGCGAAUACGAUGAGCUGCGCCGAUCACCUAUCCGUAACAACCACAGUGGUACUCACAUUCUGAACCACUCCCUGCGAGAGGUCCUUGGUGACGAGGUUAACCAGAAGGGUUCUCUGGUGGACAACGAAAAGCUCCGUUUCGAUUUCUCUCACAAGACUGGUGUCAAGAUUGAUGAGCUCAAGAAGAUCGAGGAAAUGUCCAACUCGUACAUUCGCCGCGCCCAAAAGAUUUAUUCCAAGGAGGUUGAUCUGGAACGGGCUCGUCAAAUUGAGGGCUGCCGUGCUGUCUUUGGCGAGACCUAUCCUGACCCGGUCCGUGUUGUCUCCAUCGGCAAGGACAUCGAUGAGAUGCUCGCCGACCCCAAGAAGCAGGAGUGGCGCCAAUACAGUGUUGAGUUCUGUGGCGGUACCCACGUUGACCAGACUGGCUUGAUCAAGGAUCUUAUCCUCAUCGAGGAGAGUGGUAUCGCAAAGGGUAUCCGCCGUAUCAUCGCCUACACUGGCGAAGCUGCUCACCAGGUCCAGCGUGAAGCCGAUGAGUUCUCCAAGAAGAUCGAUGCUCUUGAUCAGCUACCUUUCGGACCUGAGAAGGAGGCUCAAGUCAAGGCCGUGUCAGUAGAGCUCAGCCAGUUGACCAUCUCAACCUUGACAAAGGACGAGUUCAACAAGCGCUUUACAAAGAUCUCUACGGCUGUCACUGCUGAGCAGAAGAAGCGCCAGAAGGCUGAGUCCAAGACUGCGCUCGACACCGUCCAGAAGCACUUCGAGGCUAACAAGGAUGCCAAGUGGUUCGUUGGUCGUCUUCCCAUUGGUGCCAACGCCAAGGCUCUGGGUGAUGUGGUCAAGCACUACCAGGGUAAAGACAAGGAGAAGACUGUCUACCUGUUUGGUGGCAGCAAGGAGGAGGGCGCCGUUGUACACGGUGUCUAUGUUGGAACUCACCUUGCCUCCCAAGGGGUCACUGCUGAGCAAUGGGCUGCCUCUGUUUCCGAGGUCGUCGGUGGCCGCUCAGGUGGCAAGGAGCCUACACGACAAGGCCAGGGCACCAAGCCCGAGAACCUUGACGGAGGUGUCGAGACUGCGACGAAGUGGCUCGAGGAGAAACUGAAGCUGUAA